AUGACAGAAAACUUGAUCACAAGACUUCUGGCCGAGGCGGCUGCUCGUGCAGAGAAGGAGAAACGGCAGAGGCGGCAGCAGAUUGGUAAGCAGGGAUCCGAAGAAAACAGAUUUCGAAAAGUGCAUACGAAGGAAGUAAUAAAAGGGGCGAACAGUAUCAGCCAUGUUCAUAAAGACUAUAUAUAUCCGAUGGAAUUUCUAGAAUCCUUAGAAAGGUCACCCUUAUGUGAGGACAUCUCGCAUCUUACACUGCCCAGGAAAGAGUUCUAUAGACUAAAUGCGAAGACUCAACAGGGAAGAAACUUCUUUGGCAACGUCAACGCAAGUGGUAAUCUCAACACCAACGCCAAUGGUAACGGUAAUGGAGAUGCCAACGGUAACUCUAUUAAUCACCGCAAUGGCAGACGGCAGCAAAAUAGUAGAAGAGACCGAGCUGAGAGACGAAGGGGGGGAGUUAAUAGAAAGGAGCAUCAGCAACGCUAUGAUCGUUACGAAGAAGAGCCCGUUGAUGGUUUAGUUGAAGAAGACGAUGAGUGGAUAAGGAAAAACGAUGAGCCUACAGGAAAUUCUAUGGAAGACUUUGAGCGAUGGAGACUAAAGAUGAGAAUUGAGACGUUCAAACGGAAUGGAGAACCUAUUCCUGUAGAAGAUAUGGAUGAAUAUAAAGCAUUGAUGAAGAGAAAGGGCGGGAAGAAAGAAGAAAAGAUGAAGAGCGUUGACAACGAAUUUGCAUCAAUACCGUUGAAUAUUGCACCCAUUAACGAGAGUGCAACGUCUUCGCGUGUGACGUCAGGUGCACAUCAAUCAGCAUCUAAAUUUUCCAUGUUUUUCCAUGAAGACGACAAAACGGUGGAUCCUAUAGGUUCUUCGAGACUUAUGUCGAUGUUACGCGGUGACGAGGAGAAGAAGCAGACCUCGAUGAGUCCGGAGAUACAUCGAAGACCUCUGGAUCCCGGGGAACCGGGGGAACCGAAGGAACCAGUGAAGCCUCGGAAUAGAGAUCUAAUGUUCCUCCAGACGUUGUUGUCGAAAUCCAAGCCUUCUCCAGGGCUGGAAAAAGAGAAUAAGCAGCAAACUUCUCCCGCAGUCCAAAAUACAAGACCGACUCAGCCGAUGCCUCCUCGAAUGCCGUUCAUUCCUGGCCAGAUGCCUCCCUUCAUGACCCACGACGGGACGCUAGGAGUGCAGGGGAUGCAAGGAAUGUCUCCAGGAAUGCUGCAAAGCCUUCCUCCAGGCAUGCCGCAAAAUCUUCCUCCAGGCAUGCUGCAAAAUCUUCCUCCGGGCAUGCCACAGAAUCUUCCUCCAGGCAUGCCAGGAAUGUAUCCACCUGCUCAGAUGUUCGUUCCUAUGGGGCCUCCUUCACGCGCGUCGGGUCCUACAGGUGCCAAACCGCCUCCAAAUGAGCUUCCUCCAAGACUUCCCCCUUUUAUGAUGAACAUGGGUCAACAACCAGCUCACCCGCAGAUGAUGUAUGAGAACCAGUAUGGCAGAUCGCAACCACGUUGA